AUGCACCAUCCCCGCACCGCCGCCCCUGCAACCUUCUUCCUAUCCCGCAGUCCGCAUGCCUCCGAUACAGAGCGCAGCCCCUCCCCAGAUGCAUCUGAAGACGCCAAAGAAAGCAUGUACGGCGUGCAUAGUCUAGCGGACACUCUGUCCCGCUCAGAACUUACCGCUCGCUCGCCACGUGGAUUUUUUGCAGAUAGCCAACAUACACGAAGCUUAUCGCAGGAGUCUGAUGAUAUGGAAGACGCACAGUGUUCACGACGUCGGUCCACAAUAAAGCCUCCUCAGUCUGAUGAUACUCGAGAUUCAUCCCUGCGGCCGCCUCCCCUUGAUGCGGCUUCUCGCCCGCUGACCCCGCUCCACCCCGAAGAACCAUCUUCGCUGCCGAGUAGCCCGAAAUCCAUUUCCAACCAGUCUCUCCGACCACUGGAUGAUAUCUCGAUCACAGAUGAAACCAAUAGCCAAACGAUCGGGUCAGGCGACGAGGAUGAGAGACUGCGGGCCUCACCGCGUCUGGGGCUCGCAGGGGCGUCACAGUUUAUCAUGCCGAGCAUCAGGAUGCCUAGUCGACGACCAUUUACAGAGCGGGGCAAGGCCAUGGGUAGAUUCAAAGUCCUCGUAGCCGGAGCACCAGGCUCUGGCAAAACAUCGUGCAUUAAAUCCCUCGUCCAGACGUGUGAAGACAUCGUGCAUGUUGAUUCCCUGGACUCGCCCUCAGUGACCGCACUAGAGCGGCGCCGGUCCUCGCGACCCCACUCCCGGUACAACCCCACUCUCGGGAUGCCCACCGCUAUCACCGAGAUCUACGCUAGCACCAAGCCGUACCCUUCGUGGUGGUCGGACCUGGAAGAUUCGCGUGUGUUCCGACGCCGGAAGAGCAUUGGCGAGAUCGUGCUGGAGCGGAACUUGUGUUUCGUGGAUACACCUGCUACUUCGCUGAGUCGUGCGGGGCAGACUGAUUCCGUUGUGCAGUACAUGCGGCAGCAGUUGCAUCGUGCGACUGCUGCGGUUGCUGGUUCGGGCGUGGAUUUUCAAAAUUUGCUUGCUGGUAAUGGUGGAUCCCAGGUAGAUGCAGUUUUGUAUUUGAUAUCCCUUGGUAAGUGGAUCCUUGUCCACUACAGGGUUCAGCCGCUAACGACAACAGACACGCUGUCGAUGGACGUGGAGUGCAUCCGCAAGCUCUGCGAGCUAAGCAAUGUUAUUCCAGUUGUGGCCAAGGCAGACACACUCUCCACCGAGCAGAUUGUCACUAUCAAAGAACAAUUCCACCAGAAGGCCCGAGAUGCCGGAAUCAAGCCUUUCAUGUUCGGCGACUCGCUCACCGGAGACCUAGACGACCGGGACCCGCAACCACCCUACGCAGUGUCCUCCAAGAAAACCACCGACCUGGAAGUAAUGGACGCCAGCACCCUCAUGAGCCCAGACUACGAACAGCCUCUCGUCCCAUCCGAACUGGACACCUUGGUACUGAAACUAUUUGAUCGGGAUAAUCUCGCCUGGCUGCGCCACUCAGCCGCUAAGAAGCUCGCUCAACGGCGCGGCGACUUCCCCGCCGUACCGCCAUCGCCUGGCCCGCUUCCCAACGCACUGUCCGGUGCUACCCCAGCCGGCGUGGGAUGGCGCGCUGCCUCCGGGAUGUCCAUGAACUCGUCUAUCUCCUCUCUCGGCGAGUCACCAUCCACGUAUGCAAUGGCGCGACUCACAGACUACACACGGCACGAAGAGCACAUGGCGCAGGUGCGACUCGCGCAGUGGGCGACGGACCUGCAACGCAGCCUGCAAAAUGAACGGGAGCGGUACGCGGCGAUGGCGCGCGGAGACCGCGCCGUCUGGCUGACGGAGCGACUUAGCGAGUGCGUCAUCGACGGCUCACUGGUGCCCAUCUCGCAGACGCCCGGGUUCUGCGGGCUUCACAUUCCGAGCACCGAGAAGAGUGGCAGCGGGCCGAAUGCCGUGCGGGCUUGCAGUGAUAACGGGAAGAAGUACCGCGUUGCUGGUCUGAGUGCGCAUGAUCCGCUCGGCGUGGUUGGGUGGAUCGACGAUAUCGGGCGGCGUGGCUGGGUUAUUGUCCAGAUUGUCGGGAGUGUCGGGGUGGUGGGCGGGCUGGCGCUGUGGUUAGCGAGGUCGUGGGGACUACCGACGCGGAGUCUGCCGGAUCUGCAUCUAGACUACUUGUACGGGGGUGUGGAGCGGUGA